AUGUGCGGCAUAAAAAUCUGCUUGGGUAUGUACUUGUAUUAUAAUUCUUUACCGCGACCUCCCAACCUCGCUGGACUCAUCCACAAGCCAGCUCAUUUAGUAAGAAGAUAUGAUUUUGGGGCGCAAGCCCGUACUGGCAGGCAAAGGAAUCCUGGAUACAGGCCGCAGGCAGGGUCCGCAGCCCACCCCCUGCCAGCAAAAAUAGAGUUUAUCUGUAAUAGUGCGUGUCAGAUACCGGGGAUAUGUUGGGCUGCCAUAACUUUUGCUUUUGUAGAAGAUUUUGUUCCACCACCAGAUUAUGCUAUUACCGCGGCCGCAAUUGAAGUUGGGGAUGCCUGUACAAUUUCCUUGAUCACUAAGGAUGUCGUCGAAGAUAGUACAGCCGCUGUUCAUGAACUGAAUCUCUUUAGUGUUGAAGUCUGGGUCGGGAACGGCAGCUUCCUUCUUGUUCUCGGCUCCGAUUUGAGCCUGACUGGUGCUGAAGGUUCUCCGUAUAUAGAGGUUGCAUUGAAUAUAGCAAGCACUCUUGACUUGAGUUUUCCUAGUUCUGUUGGAGUGCUAGUCGCCAUUGCGGUGACUAUCGGUAAUAUUCUCCCUAUAACUUUUGGCUGGCUUGUCAGCGUUAGCGAUGUGGGCAAGACGAGCGAUAGGGAGAUGUUACUUCCAUAG